UAAACACCCCGAUCAUUUUUUUUAAGAUAUCCAUAAACAUUUCGACACAUGUCUUCAGGGGACAUCGCAAUGACAGCUGUCUAUUAGCCAGUCAUGGUUUGUAUAAGAAUUUUACCAGUUUAUUGGAUAUAAAUGAAAAAUAUUUUUAAUCGCAAUGGCCCAACCUAAGAAUAAAAUGAGCGAAAUCGAUGAGCACAUCAUGAAGAGGUUCGACAUCCAGAAGCGAUUGGGUAAAGGAGCCUACGGCAUCGUGUGGAAGGCCAUCGACAGGAAAACCAGGGAAGUGGUGGCGGUGAAGAAGAUAUUCGACGCCUUUCGAAAUCAAACGGACGCCCAGCGGACGUUCCGCGAGAUCAUGUUCCUGCAAUCUUUCAAGAACCACCCGAACAUCGUUAGACUGCACAGCAUCCACAGAGCCGCCAACAACAGAGAUAUAUACUUGGGGUUCGAGUACAUGGAAACUGAUUUGCACAACGUGAUCAAAAAGAAGAACAUCUUGAAGGACAUCCACCAUAGAUACGUCAUAUAUCAGCUACUAAAGGCCAUCAAGUAUAUACACUCGGGCAACGUUAUACACAGAGACAUGAAGCCGAGCAACGUCCUACUAGACAGUCUAUGCAGAUGCAAAAUCGCGGAUUUCGGACUGGCCAGGUCCCUGUCGAUGGGAACAGACGGUGCGAUAUCCGAAGGCGAUCCCACCCUCACCGAUUACGUUGCGACCAGAUGGUACAGAGCUCCUGAGAUCUUGAUUGCGAAUCGAAGGUACACGAAAGGCAUCGAUUUGUGGAGUUUGGGAUGCAUAUUAGCGGAAAUGACGCUGGGCAAACCGAUUUUCCCCGGCACCUCGACCGUGAAUCAAGUGGAGAAAAUUAUGUCUACUAUACCCACUCCUACGUCCGAAGAUAUAGCUCAAGUGUGCGUGUCGGGCAUCGGUUCGUCGAUGAUCAAAAACGCUUCGUCCUUGCAGAAAAUCCCGUUGAUUUCGAUAUUGGGACCGAGCGUGCCGUCGGACGCUUUGGACCUGAUAACGAAAUUGCUGGUGUUCAAUCCGCUCAAGCGAUUGAACGCGGACAAAGCUUUGGACCAUCAGUACGUGUCGAAUUUCCACAACGCCCAGCACGAAGUCAUCAUGGCGACCAACGUGACGAUUCCGUUGAACGACGACGUGAGACUGUCGGUGGACGAUUAUCGCAACAAGCUCUACGAGUUGAUGUCUUCGCACGGCCAAAAAACGCCGACAAACCCAAUGCUGGCCAAAUCGAAAUCAUGCGUUCCUCAAGUCUAUUCCAAAGUGACCAAAAACACGGAAAACUACUUCAAAAAUCACGUGACUCUAAAGGAAAAAUCGUAUUUCUCACAGUCGGAGCCCAAAAUGAACGUCAAGAAAAUACACUGGUUACAAAAUGCUAAUAUAAAGUCAGACUCUAAAGUAAUGACGAAACACGUAAAUCUUUCUAGUAAAGUAGAUAAGUUACAGUCAAGCGAUGAUUCAAAACUGCACAGUUUGAAAGUUCGAUGCGAACCUGUCAAAAAAAGGGAUUCCAAAAAGGCCAUCGUUGUAAAUUCUUUGAAAACCGACAAGAAUCGUGGAAUUAUCACUCAAAGCGCGUUGAUGGAGCUCAGAGCUGCCGGAUUACGAUGAAAUCGUGUUCUUCGAUUGAUACACAGUAUUAUUUUGACACUUUUAUUAUACCUGCAUUUUAUACUCUUUUGCACAUUGUAUAAUUUUUCGUAUAAAAGGGAAACAAAAUUAAUCCUCUUUUCGUAUUUUUUAUAUACUACCUUUUCCAGUUGUCAUAAAUGAAAGGGUUUUCAGGAUAACACAGAGUCAAAAAAUUGGCAUUAAGAUAACUAUAAUUGUAACAAAAAUACAAAUUUUUUCCUACACAAUUCAUCCUCGUACUCUAUCGCAUUUUAAAAGAACAUACAGUCUCUUACAUUUUAGAAAUAUUCUCCAAUGGUUUUUAAAAAACGUAUCGACUACAAAUUAACAGCUACUAUUAAUUACCAAUACGUUUAAUCAAAUGGUUCACAAAUUGAUUAUUGCCACAAUAGCGUAUAAAACCUCUAACUUUAUAUAAUAUACCCUUAUCUACAUCGUUAACUAGCUAUUUUACAAACUACCAUUGUUACAUUUCAUCAGAAUCCAUAAUGUAAAAAAAGAAGAAUAUAGAUACUAGUAAUAAGUUCAUACUACAAAAACAACAUUCAUAGCUUGUAAAAUCGCCUCUUAAAAUACUUCAAAAUUACUUGAAAAGAAUAGUAAGUAGUAGUACAAAAUAAAUCAACUAACCUAGAGGAUAAAAAAAACGAUUCAUAAAAUCUAAUCGUUGUCCUGUCCGGGACUGGUCGGCGAAUAGCCAGGCGACGACGGCGAAUACCUAGGCGGCUGGGGCGAGUACGCCGGCGACGCCGGCGAGUAACUCGGACUGGUCGGCGUGUACGUCGGCGACGUCGGCGAAUAUUUCGUGCUGCGCGGCGAAUAUUGCGGCGACGUGGGCGAGUAGCUCGGCGAACUCGGCGAAUAGUUCGGCGACGACGGCGAGUAGCGCGAACUGCCGGCCGGCGUGUGUUGCGGGCUCGACGGCGAGUAGCUGGGCGACGUCGGCGAGUAGCUCGGCGACGUCGGCGAAUACUGCGGACUGCCGCCCGAGAACGACGGCGACGUGGGCGAAUAACUCGGCGACGUGGGCGAGUAUUUCGGCGAUGAGGGCGAGUAACUCGGCGAGGCCGAAGAGUACUGCGGCGACGACGGCGAGUAACUGGG